AUGCCUCCCAGAAAGCGUCCAUCGGCUGCUGCUGACAGCAACGCGACUCAGUCGCCUGCAAAGAGAGCGCGCAAGUCAACCACCCAGACUGCGGCAACUGCGCGUCCCAAGCGAUUCCCAAAGCUCCCACCACGCACAGCCAAAGUCAAUGCGACAGCUAAGCCCAGUGCUACUCCUCCUGCCGCGACGAGCACCCCAAAGAAAAGGGGCCGUCCAGCCAAGAGUGCUCCGUCUGCAAAAGACGAAAAGCCCAAGACCAAGCCUAAAGCUGCUGCCGCGAAAUCAAAUGUCGUAGCAGCAAAAACAGUCACAGGUAAGCCUAAGAAGCGACUUGGAAGGCCUCCAAAGGCUUUGAUCGAGGUUUCCAAGAAGACUACUGGGAAACGAAAGAGAUCAAUUGGAACAUCCAAGAAGUCUAUAGAAACGCCUGCCAAAAAGCAGGUUAGAAAAUAUACCCGGAAAGUUCCAGACGUGAAUGGAGCCUUCGCGCACCUGAAGGAGAAAGAGCCCGACCUAACUAUUGAGGUUCCUGAAGAUGACGCAUACGGACCCGAAGGCCGAUCAUACUGGCUUAUGAAGGCAGAACCCGAGUCGCGGUUGGUAAAAGGUGUGGAUGUCAAGUUCUCAAUUGACGAUCUACAAGCCGCUACAGAGCCGGAACCAUGGGAUGGUGUUCGUAAUCCUGUCGCUCGGAACAACCUGCGCGCGAUGAAGCAAGGCGAUUACGCUUUCUUUUAUCACUCAAGCUGCAAGGUCCCUGGAAUCGUGGGCUUGAUGGAAAUUGUCAGGGAACACUCGGUCGACGAAUCUGCAUUCGAUCCCGCCCACCCAUAUUAUGACGAAAAGUCGACCCGGGAGAACCCAAAAUGGGAGGUUGUCCAUGUCGAGUUCCGUCGUAAGUUUGACAAUAUUCUACCGUUGGACAAAUUGAAAUCAUAUGGCACCGCUGGGAAGGCACUGGAAAACCUGCAGACUCUGCGCCAGUCCCGCGUAAGCGUGUCCCGUGUUACACCGAAGGAAUGGGAAUUCAUUACGAAGUUGAUUGAGAAAGCCAACAAACCCAAGUCCGAGGCUAAAGUCGAGACCGCCCCAGAACCGUCUGCAGCGACAGCACCAGAGUCUGAAAGUCCGGCCGAUAACAAGACUGCCGAUGGGGCAACAGGAUCUGAGAAUAAGGAGGGACAGCAAGAGGCACAGAACAAAACGCACAAUUUAGAUGGCCAACAGUCUAACGGUGCUGACACUGUCAACGGUCAUGUUCCUAGUGAACCAUCUGCUCCUGUGGUUGACAGAGGCGAUAAGCCCCGGGAAAGCGAGACGAAUAAGUCAAUUUUCUCUUUGUUUUGA